AUCUAGAAGACCAAAGUGUACCUGAGUGGAGAAAAACUUAUAUAAACUACAAAGGAUUAAAAAAGAAGCUAAAGCAAGUUGAAAAGAUAUAAAGAAAAGAAAGCUGCUGCUGAACUCAUUCAUGUAUUUCAAGAAUUUGAAGAUAAUGAUGCAAGUUGCUUUUGGUCUAGUCAACAAGAAUUGAUGCGACCACAAUCAACUAUCAGCAAAAUGUCAUCAAAAUUCAACGUAAAUUCAGAUGAUCGGCCACAUUCUCGGCAAGGAUCUUUCAAUACUUCAAGGGCUACUUUUUCCGCAUUAGAUGAAGUCUUGCUUCAUGCUAAUUCAUUAGAACAAAAGUUUUUCCAUUCGCUAAAUGAUGAAUUAGAUAAAGUAACACAAUUCUACAAUGAAAAAGAAAGAGAAGCCAAGCUCAAGCUAAACGCGCUUAAAGUGCAAAUUCAAUUGAUUACCGAGUAUGGACACCAUUUACUGGAUAUAGGGGUAUACUAUACAAGAAGAAAAAGAAGAAACUUGUCAUUUAUUUGUUUAUUUAUCAGUUGCCUGUUCAGAAAGAAUUUCUUCCUCCUGAAUUUUUCGGUCAUCAUCGGUUCUAUGACUGGUUCAAACACCAAGAUCCCCAUACACAGCCAUAUACAUUAUCAGAAUUUUCACCAAAUUUUGAUUAUGUAGGUGACCAAAGAAUUAGUUACAAUGUUGCGAGAAAUAGAUUAAAAAAAGCAAUUACCGAAUAUUAUCGUAGCUUGGAUUUCCUCAAGU